AUGGAGGGAGCACCCAACGGGUACACACCGGCGGACUUCUUCAUUCCUCCUCCACUUUCCACCCCUCUCCUGGUCGUUUUGACAUCGUCACCUCGCCCAAAGAUGAGCGCGGCCCAGGCGAACGAAGCGGAGAAGAACAUUGAGAUUUGGAAGGUGAACAAGCUCAUCAAGCGCCUCGAGGCAGCUCGCGGAAAUGGAACCUCCAUGAUCUCUUUAAUCAUUCCCCCCAAGGAUCAGGUAUCCAGGGCAGCCAAAAUGCUGGCGGAAGAGUUUGGCACUGCUUCCAACAUCAAGUCCCGUGUCAACCGACUUUCAGUUCUGUCCGCCAUCACCUCCACGCAACAGCGUCUCAAGCUAUACAACAAGGUCCCGCCUAAUGGCUUGGUCGUCUACUGUGGUGAAAUCAUCACAUCCGAGGGUAAAGAGCGCAAGAUUAACAUCGAUUUCGAGCCCUUCAAACCGAUCAACACGUCGCUUUACCUCUGUGACAACAAAUUCCAUACGGAAGCACUGAGCGAGCUGCUUGAGUCGGAUCAGAAAUUCGGUUUCAUUAUCAUGGACGGAAACGGUGCUCUCUUUGGCACGCUUAGUGGGAACACUAGAGAAGUGCUCCAGAAGCUGAGCGUCGACCUGCCGAAGAAGCACGGUCGUGGUGGACAGUCUGCUCUCCGUUUCUCCCGUCUUCGUGAAGAGAAACGUCACAACUAUGUCCGUAAAAUUGCUGAGCUGGCCGUUCAGAACUACAUCACCAACGAUAAGAUCAACGUUGCUGGCUUGAUUUUGGCCGGUUCUGCCGACUUCAAGAACGACUUGAACCAGUCGGAUAUGUUCGAUCAACGCCUGCAGUCCAAGGUCAUUAAGGUGGUUGAUGUUUCUUACGGAGGAGAAAAUGGCUUCAACCAGGCUAUUGAACUUGCAUCCGAGACAUUGAGCAACGUCAAGUUCGUUCAGGAGAAGAAAUUGAUUGGCAAAUACUUCGAGGAGAUCAGUCAGGACACCGGAAAAGUCUGCUACGGUAUUGAAGAUACACUUAAGGCCCUCGAGCUCGGUGCUGCAGAGACCCUUAUUGUCUAUGAGAAUUUGGACAUUACCAGAUUCACUCUAAAGAAUUCCGAGGGCGCUGAGGUCGUCGUUCAUUCAUCGAAGGCUCAAGAAGCCAAUCGGGAGUUGUUUACCGAUAAGGAAACCGGCACGGAAAUGGAGGUUGUUGAUUCGACGUCGUUCCUGGAGUGGCUUGCCGAAAACUACAAGGAUUUCGGUGCCACCCUGGAAUUCGUUUCGGACAAAUCCAGUGAGGGUAAUCAAUUCGUCAAGGGCUUUGGUGGUAUCGGUGCCAUUCUCCGAUACAAGGUCAAUUUCGAACAGCUUGCCGACUAUUCUGACGAGGACGAAUUUUACGACGGGAGCGAGGAUGAACGGCCAGAAGUUCCCCAAGCGGAUCUUUUGACGGCUCGCCCUAUACAAGGUGACGGGGGUUUCCAUGGCCAAACCAUGGUUCCCCUGGUUGAUGAUACCUUGACGUCGUCUGGAAAGAGCUCUGAAAAAGGGCUCUUAGGGCCAUCCAAGCUCCGUAACAUUGUGACUGGGGUUGCCUAA